AUGACUUACAAGAGUUUUCUGUUAAUAUUGAUUUUUGAUUCUACUUUAAGUGUUGAUAAAAAUGCGGAAAUAAUUGAGAAACUGAAGGAAGAAUGGCACGUAUCAACUUUGAAAAGCACAGAUUUUAACGAAGGUAUUUGUGACAUUUCAAACACAAAACAAAAUGAUGCUUCCCAAAUCGAGUUCGUAUCGAGUGAUCCGUUGCCAUUUAACGAAACUGAUAUCAUUCAGAAUAUGUGUAUACGCAACAAAAAUGUUAAAAAGAAACUGUAUCAUGGUGAUAUACACAGCACAGGCGAAGCAGAUUCCAUUGCUACGAACAGUACAAUAAAUAGAGAACCGACUCAUAAUAACGCUACAACAGAAGCAAGACGUGUGCAUGAUUACCAGUUCAGUUCAGUAGAAUAUUAUGAUGAGCAUCCCGAGUUCGAUGAAUCUCAUUGCCCUAAUGAUGUGGAGGUUGUGGAACUGGAGUUGGAUGAACUGAGGAGUUAUGAUCUUGAAUGUGAAUUGAUUAUUGAAUGGCGAAGUUUAGAUUAA